GUGUGUAUACCCAGCAUGUGCGUGGCUGCGCCGUGUGCACGGUGUAUAGGUGUGUGUGCGAGUGUGCCCUGCCCGGCGGCCAGGCUGUGUGCACGGCUGGCGCGGUGCCCUGGCCCGCGUGCCCAGGGCAGCCUUGACCUGGGCCUGGCUCCCGCAGGCGCCACCAACUGCAGCAGCUACUUCAAGCUGGGGGUGAAAGGCCUGACGUUCGAGAAGUGUGAGCACACGUCGCUGUGCUACGCCCCCGCCUGGGUGUGCGACGGCGCCAACGACUGCGGGGACUACUCGGAUGAGCAGAACUGCCCGGGAGUGCGAAAGCCCAAGUGCCCGGCCAAUUACUUCGCCUGUCCGAGCGGGAGGUGCAUCCCCAUGAGCUGGACGUGCGACAAGGAGGACGACUGCGAGAACGGCGAAGACGAGAGCCACUGCAGUAAGCGCCCGGGGCGGGGAGCAGAGCAUUGUGGGAAGGCUGCAGCACCUGGGAUGACCACCUGCAGCUCGGGAUCCUUCCAGUGCCCCGGCACGUACGCGUGUGUGCCCGAGCGCUGGCUCUGCGACGGAGACAAGGACUGCGCCGACGGGGCUGACGAGUCCUUAGCCGCCGGCUGCUGUGAGUCGCCCCUCGGCUGGUGUCGAUGCCGCCCCGGCUACCGCCUGAAGGACGACGGGAAAACGUGCACCGACAUUGACGAGUGCACCACCACCUACCCUUGCAGCCAGAAAUGCAUCAACACCCUGGGCAGCUUCAAGUGCCUGUGCACCGAGGGCUACCGGCUGAAACCCGACCACCCGACCAGCUGCAAAGCCGUCACGGGUGAGCGCAGCCGCCUGGCACGCCCGGCCUGCAUCUCGGGCCUCGGGUUGGGGCUGAACAACGCCGUGGCGCUGGACUUCGACUACCGGGAGCAGAUGAUCUACUGGACGGACGUCACCACGCAGGGCAGCAUGAUCCGCCGCAUGCACAUCAACGGCAGCAAGGUCCUUCACCGCACGGGUCUGAGUAAUCCCGAUGGGCUGGCCGUGGACUGGGUGGGCGGGAACCUCUACUGGUGCGACAAGGGCCGGGACACCAUCGAGGUGUCGAAGCUGAACGGGGCCUAUCGCACGGUGCUGGUCAACUCGGGGCUGCGGGAGCCGCGGGCCCUGGUGGUGGACGUGCAGAACGGUUUCCCUGGGGCUGCACUGUCCCCACUGUGGGACUCGCCGAUAUCUGAGCCUGGCACCAGGAUGCUGAGCCAGGACAUCCCGCACAUCUUCGCGCUCACCCUCUUCGAGGACUACAUCUACUGGACCGACUGGGAGACCAAGUCCAUCAACCGCGCCCACAAGACCACCGGGGCCAACAAGACCAUGCUGAUCAGCACGCUGCACCGGCCCAUGGACAUCCACAUCUACCACGCCUUCCCUGAGUUCAAGUGCCGCCCAGGCCAGUUCCAAUGCUCCACCGGCAUCUGCACCAACCCGGCCUUCAUCUGCGACGGAGACAACGACUGCCAGGAUAACUCGGACGAGGGCCCCUGUAGCAGCAGCGCACGUCCAAGUGAGGCACGAAAUCCCCCCCUCACACACCCCCCCCCCCCCCCCCCCAGCCAGUUCAAAUGCACCAACACCAACCGCUGCAUCCCUGGCAUCUUCCGCUGCAACGGGCAGGACAACUGCGGCGAUGGCGAGGACGAGAAGGAUUGUCCGGAGGUGACCUGUGCCCCCAACCAGUUCCAGUGCGCCGUCACCAAGCGCUGCAUCCCCCGCGUCUGGGUGUGCGACCGGGACAACGACUGCGUGGACGGAUCGGACGAGCCCGCCAACUGCAGUAAGGAGCCGCCCCCCCCGCGGCGAAGGGGGUGGCAGGAAUCGCCCACCGCCAGGCCCCCGAGCUGCAGCCACGAGAAGAACGAAUUCCUCUGCAAGAACAAGAAGUGCAUCAACUCCCUGCUGCGUUGCAACUUCUUCGACGACUGCGGGGACGGGUCGGACGAGGAGCAGUGUUCCCAGGGCGACAUCAACGAGUGCUUGACCUUCGGGACUUGCUCCCAGCUCUGCAACAACACCAAGGGUUCCCACGUCUGCAGCUGCGCCCGGAACUUCAUGAAAACCCAUCACACCUGCAAAGCAGAAGGUACCGAGGGGGCCGCGUGGGGGCCCUGCCACUCCAGCCCUCCCCCCGGACCCACUCCCCACGGCCUUUCCUCGCUUCGCAGGACCAUGUACUGGUCCGACUGGGGCAACCACCCCAAGAUCGAGACGGCCGCGAUGGACGGGACCCUGAGGGAGACGCUGGUGCAGGACAACAUCCAGUGGCCGACGGGCCUGGCCGUCGACUACCACAACGACAUCAUCGGCAGCAUCCGCCUGAACGGCACCGACCCCGUCGUGGCGAUCGACAACAAGAAGGGGCUGAGCCAUCCCUUCAACAUCGACAUCUUUGAGGAUUACAUCUACGGCGUCACCUACAUCAACAACCGCAUCUUCAAGAUCCACAAGUUCGGGCACGGGCCCGUCACCAACCUGACGUCAGGGCUGAACCACGCCACCGACGUGGUGCUCUACCACCAGUACAAGCAGCCGGACGUGACCAACCCCUGCGACAGGAAGAAAUGCGAGUGGCUCUGCCUGCUCAGCCCCAGCGGCCCCUUCUGCACCUGCCCCAACGGGAGGCGGCUGGACAACGGCACGUGCGUGGUGAUCGUCUCGCCCACCGUCUCGCCCCCCGUGCCCACCGGCGACACCUGUGACCUCGUCUGCCUCAACGGGGGCAGCUGCUUCCUGAACGCCCGCAAGCAGGCCAAGUGCCGCUGCCAGCCGCGCUACAACGGCGACAAGUGCCAGCUGGACCAGUGCUGGGAUUACUGCCAGAACGGGGGCACCUGCGCCGCCUCCCCCUCCGGUGAGGGCACUGCCCGCGGGGGGCCAGGACGGGGGCACCGGGGUAGCAGGAGCCGUGGGGGAAUGCCAGGGGGCAAUGGGGGAGGGUGCCAGGCUCUGACCCCCGUGGCUCAGAUCAGGGCUAAGCCGCUCCAUGGGAGUGGGGUGUGGGUGCAUGGGGGGUUCAGGGCUGGGCCGGUCCAUGUGAGUGGGGUGUGGGUGCAUGGGGGGUUCAGAGCUGGGCCGGUCCAUGUGAGUGGGGUGUGGGUGCAUGGGGGGUUCAGGGCUGGGCCGGUCCAUGUGAUGGGGAGAUCGGGGCUGGGCUGGUCCAUGUGGCUGGGGAGCGCGG